GGAGGUGGCUGUGUAUUUCACCAGGGAAGAGUGGACUCUGCUGGACCCCGCUCAGAGAGCCCUCUACAGGGACAUCAUGCAGGAGAACUAUGAGACUGUGACCUCGCUGGCAACACCCCAACAUGCCAGUGACACACACACCAGCCCUCUGCCCUCCCCUGCUACACAACACUGCAGGAACAGAGCCCAGGAGCAGCACAGCACAAAGUCUAACAUCGUCUUUCUGCUAAGGCAAAACUUGGGUUUAGUUCCAUUGUCGCAAACAGAAGCUGCUUACGCUCAAACACGGAGUCUGCUUUGCACGAACCACCUCAGACCUGUAAAAUGUUACCCUCUCUUUACCGUCAGCCCGAGGAUGAGUCGUCACCUUCACUUACCCCUCACUGAGCCCUGGAGACCAGUUUCAUGAAUGCCACCAAAUUACUGACAAACCCGUGGCAAGAACUCCCCCUUCCACACCUUUAGCGACACAGCCUCCAACCCGCAGCAUGGAAAUGGGGAAGACUUGACCCCUCUAGGUUCAUGUCACAGUCCCAGCUCUGCCAGGCUGCUCCAACUAAUCCCUCCACCAUCCGGUUACAGCUGCAGCUGACCCAGUGCACACCACUGGGGGGCAUGCGGAUAAACGCUGGGAUUCCCGUCUUUGGAACACAGCACAAACAGUGACAUGUUCCCUUCCUCACACUGAUUAUAAAUUCAUAGGUUUUAUGGCAAGAAGGGAUUAUAAAUUCCUCUAGUCUGGCCUCAGGUGUAAGAAGCGAAAGAAUCUCAUCCAGUUACUGUGGGAUCGAGCUGAAUAGCUUGUGCCGCACUAAAUCAUCCUCCAGAAAGUCAUCACGCCUUGACCUGAAGAUUUGAAGUGAUGGAGAAUCUGCCUCUCCCCUUGGUGGUGCGUUAACUUUUGGAGCGGGGGCCACAGCAGGAGCUUUGCCGUGACAAUCCUGGUCACCCUUGAAGGUUGGGAAUCCUGCAAAACACCUCCUAUGAUCACUUUUCCACUUCUUAUUACUGUGGUGCUAUAAAACAGAGGGAGACAUCAGUGACAAGAACUUUCAUCCCAGUCCGGACACAAGAGAGUCCUCCUUGUCUCUGCAUAAAGGAUGAAGGAUGAUCAGCUGCUAAACAGCAGGGCCCACAGACCUUGGUUUGAGAGACACUGCACUAACAUAAGAACGGCCCUACUGUGUCAGACCAAAGGUCCAUCCAGCCCAGGAUCCUGUUUUCUGACAGUGGCCAAUGCCAGAUGCCCCCGAGGGAAUGAACAGGACAGGGAAUCAUCAAGUGAUCCAUCCCCUGUCAUCCAUUCCCCGCUUCUGGCAAACAGAAGUUAGAGACACCAUCCCUGCCCAUCCUGGCGAAUAGCCGUUGAUGGACCUGUCCUCCAUGAAUUUAUCUAGUUCUUUUUUGAACCCUGUUAUGGUCUUGGCCUUCAAAACAUCCUCAGGCAAGGAGUUCCACAGGUUAACAGUGCGCUGUGUGAAGAAAUACUUCCUUUUGCUUGUUUUAAACCUGCUGCCCAUUAAUUUCAUUUGGUGAAAUGCUAGUUCUUGCAUUAUGAGGAGGAGUAAAUAACACUUCCUUAUCUACUUUCUCUACACCAGUCAUGAUUUUAUAGACCUCAAUCCUAUCUCACCUUCGCCGGGGGUCAGCAUCCUCACCAGCUGAUGCUGAAUUGACUAAAGCCACAACAACAAAGUUUUCUUACCUCAGUUAAACUCCUGACAUGGUCACUCAAACAGACAAGAGUCCAAUUAUCGGCAACAAAAGCAGAAAAUGGCCCUGUAGCCUUUGCACUCCAGUUCCUCCCUGGGCAGAUCGGCCUGGGACUGUACGGCGUGGCCUCAAUUCACUCUGCACAGAGUUGGCUUAUCUGGAGAUGCGAUGAUCAAGGUUUCCAGUUCCCAGAUCUGAUAUGAUCUCCCACCAGGAUCGAGAGGUAAAGCCAAGGGUCCCAGAUGUCCAAGGCUCAGAGGAAAGACAGAUUUGGAGGGAUGCCCACACAGCAGGUGAUGGGAUGGUGAGUGAGAACAAGGAGGAGAAUCCUCAGCAGGAAGAUGCUGAGCAGGAGGGACCAUACGUGGGGUUAUCACACAGCUCCAAAGGGGAUAUGUCCAGGAGUCAUGAGCAGGGAACAGCCUGUGAGAUUCAGCACAGGCCAGAGAGAGAGCAGGGAAACCAGCCAGUGGAGAACAUGAGUAUAUCCGUUAAUAACUGGGAAACUCCCAAGGACCAGAAGGAAACCACAGCCCAAAAGAGAAACCCGACAGGAGAGAGAACCAACAUGUGCACUGAGUCUAGGAAACGUUUCAGCAGCCACUCACACCUUAGAGAACACCAGAGAAUCCACACGGCGGAGAGACCCUAUGAGUGUGGGAAAACCUGCCCUCUGAGCUCACGGCUCAUUGCGCAUCAGAGGCUCCACACAGGAGAGAGAUCCUCUGAAUGCUCUGAGUGCGGGAAAACCUUCACUCGGAGUUCGUCCCUCAUUGCACAUCAGAGGAUCCACACGGGAGAGAGACCCUAUGAAUGCGAGUGCGGGAAAAACUUCAGUAGCCGCUCAGGCCUUUUUGACCAUAAGAGAAGCCACAGUGGGGAGAGACCCUAUGAAUGCUGGGAGUGCAGGAAAACCUUCACCCGGCGCUCACACCUGAUUACACAUGGACGAAUCCACACCGGAGAGCGCCCCUAUGAAUGCCGCGAGUGCGGGAAAACUUUCUCUCAGCUGUCAGUCCUAAUUAGACACAAGAGAACCCACACGGGAGAGCGCCCCUAUGAAUGCUGCGAGUGCGGGAAAAGCUUCACUCAGAGCUCAUCCCUUAUCACGCAUCAGAGAAUCCAUACGGGGGAGAGACCCUACGAGUGCCGUGAGUGCGGGAAAAGCUUCGCUCGGAUCGCCGCUCUUGUUACGCAUCAAAGCACGCACGUGGGAGAGCGCCCCCUUAUGAGUGCGGGAAACGCUUCACUCAGAGCUCAACACUCAUUAGACAUGAGAGGGUCCGCACAGGAGAGAGACCCUGUGAGUGCGGAAACACCUUCACUUGGCGUACUGCACAUCAGAGAAUCCAUGCGGGUGAGUGCCCCUAUCAAUGCUGCUAGUGCAGGCGAAGCGUCUCUCAGCGCUCAGCCCUUCCUGCACGUCGGAGGAUCCACACAGGCGAGAGACCCCGGAGAUGCUUCUUGGGAGAAAAGCUUCCGUCAGCGCUCAGCCCUUGUUUAUCCCCCGAGAAUGCCCCAGGGAGAUCAACGUUACAAAAACCUUGUUGAGAGCCAACAAAACAUUGAUUUUCUUUAACACUUUUGCUGAUUCCCCCAUCGUGGCCCGUCAGGCUGUUUGAAGCUUUUGCUCAUUGUGGUCUCUCAAAUCUACCGCUGGCUUUUAAAGCUCGCCGUUCUUUGGUGUGAGUCCUCUUGCUCUGUCAACUCCUUUGUGUUAUGAGUCUUGUGUCCCCCUCCUACCAGGAAUGUCCCGCAGUCCCAGGUUGGGGCAUUAAGGCUGACAGCAGUGAACUCCACUGCCAUAAAAUCUACCCGGUAUUGCCAUGUAAAAACACAACUAUUCCUUCAGUAAAAACAUAGUCGGUGUGUAAUGGCUGCAAUUAUCUAGCACACUUCCUCAUGGCCUGACCUAACCUCGAUCAGUUCUCCUCGUCUAAACAAUCCCAGAGCAUCACGUUUGUACUAAAACAACGAGGAGUCUGGUGGCACCUUAAAGACUAACAGAUUUAUUUGGGCAUAAGCUUUUGUGGGUUAAAACUUCCCAUUUCUUCAGAUGCAUCUGGCUGCAGGGUGCUUUGGGAAGGGUUUGCAGUGUCUCAUGGAGCAGGCACAUUUAUACUGUUCCUCUUACUGCAAGGUAAUUGUUACAGUCACUUAAUUCCCUCUUUGUGGACAGAUUGUCUCAUUCCCAGUUGUUCUCACGCGGGUUGUGCUGAAUGCAGGGAGGGGGUGUGUUGCUUCUCUUCUUUAAAAUAUAUUUAAAUAUAACAAAGACCAGGAGCAGGAAAGAAAUUGUUGUUUCAGCCUCUGUGACACAAGAGAGGUGCUGAGACCACCUUCCCGGACACCCCAGAAGUGUUUUCUUCUGAGCCAGGGUGAGUUUUUCACAUUCUACCCUGCCACCUCCCGAAGUGUCACAUGAUGCAGUGUUCUCCGCUCUCUGUCCUUGGCAACAGCCCUUUGCUUCUAAAUUUGGACUCGUCUACAUUUAAAACACCGAUGUAACUCCUCGGUGAAGACGCAGCCUGCACCGAUGGACGGGCUUCUCCCCUCGGCGUAUACCUCCCUUAGGUAUGUCUACACUGGCAGGUUUCUGAGCCACGAGUUACACCACUUUUAUUAAAAUUCUGGAAUUAAGCCGCUGUUGCAUGUCCAUACUGGAACGCAGCCUCAUUGGUAGCUCUUGCAAUGGCAAAGAUCGCAGUGCAUUGUGGUCACUAUCCUACUGUGCAACAAGCCGCAGGGUGCUUUGGGAAGGGUUUGCAAUGCCUCGUGGGGCAGGCACAGCGUCACAUAAGGCAGGUGUCCCAAUCCCAUUGUUCCACGGGCAUCCUACUACAUUGACAGCUGCUUUUCAACUGAAGGGUGGGGGAGAGCGUGUGACAGAGAGCGUGUGUGUGUGUGGGGAGGCGAGAGAGACUGUGUUGGCAGAACAGAGUGUGUGUCAGCAUGCUGUCUUGUAAGUUGGAAGCAGCCAGUCCUGAGGGGGGAGACCCGACAUCAGCCCCCACCUCCCUCCCUGGGCGCAUGCACGCUCUCUCUCUCUCUCUCUCACACACACAUCCACACACACACACACACCCCUGUGUUCAGCAGCAGGAGCAUUCCACAUGAGUGGUUUGGUUUGUGUCCUGGAGCAAAUCAGCACAGCACGCAAAGGCUGUCAGAAAAGGUGCUUUGAAAGGAGAGGGGCGCAUGUCUCCAGGGACAGCCGAGUUCGAAACAAUGAGCAGAGCGGUCCCUUGAGGCCUUACGGGACAGCUCCGGAGGCCAAUGACAGCGCAGAAAGCAGGCAAGUGUCAAUAGUGCGCUGGAGCCGCUGCACAAAGACCUUGACAACCCUCGUUGAGGUGGGGUUUUUUGCAGGGCUGCCGCUGAGGAGUUUCUGCGCACAAAGUGGCUUGGCAGUGUAUGCAUGUCUGCAGUUUGAGUGCUUUACUGCGCAGAAACUUGCCCGUGUAGCCAAGCCCGAAGAGGUGAUCGCUAGGUUGACAGGAACAUUCUUCCGUUGACCCGGUGGGGGUUAGGUUGGUUUAACUGCUUCACUCAAGGGUGUGGAUUUUCCACGCCCCUGAGCGAUGGAGUUACACUGACCUAAUUUCCUACUAUAGACCAGACCUUGGACUCAGUAAGCCUGGAGAUGAAAGCAUCACAGGCCUGGGAGAUGAAUUUGAAUGGAUCCCAAUUUCAGUGAUCAUUCAGAGUAUAAACCCUAGUGUCUGUCUGCUGGCAAAGCCACUUCUGGACUGCUAGGUGUUGUUUGCAGACGGGAAGGUUGGGUGUUUUUCUCCACUACAAUGCUACUAACUUUUGUAAAUAAGGUGAUUCAGUAAGUGCUGAGUGACGUAGAUUUGAAUGGAUCAGAGGAGAAUGCUAUGGGAGAAUCUCUUCUCCUGAUUCUGAGUCAUAUCUAUAACCUGCUCUGGAACUUCAUUUUAUAUGAAACUGAAAGAGUCUCAACUUCUCUGUGAUGUGGGUUUUUCUCUUUUUUUCUGAAGUCUAUUUGCUCCCAUAAUUGGAUAUUGAUUUCUUUUGACUGAAUGAAGCUCAGAUUUAUUAGGGACUUUAACCAACUACUAUUUACUAAAAAUAACAAUUUCUUAUGUUGUUUUUGCUCUUCUCCUGCACCUCCAUGAUGACAUGGAGGAAAGUCAAGUGCCGUUCACUCAACAGGAGAGAAUACUGCAUGCUAGUGGGCAUGCUACCAAGGAAAUCUCCAUUCUGAAAUGGUGAACAGCACACCCCAAACUGUGCAACUAACAAAAGUAAACUGCAUACGAUUAGAGUGUUGCUCAGUUCUUUAGGUAAAUAUUGUCUCAGAUGCCCCAAAGAGAGAAUUCCUCAGUAUGCGAUUUGGAACUUGGCAAAAUACUGUUGUAUUUGAUUCCCAAAGUAGUUAUGGCCUAGGUCCUUCAAGAAUUUACUCCGUAAUAUAUCUCCUGGCUAAUCCUAUGAUAUGGAGAAUGAUGUCCCUAUCUAUGUAGAUGUGGAGGAUGUAGAAAUCACAUUUUUUUCUGAACACAUCUUUUGUAGAUGCUGCAAAUGUGUAUCGAAUGAAAUCAGUGUUGAACAUGAGAUAGCUGCAGUACGUCUGUUUUUGACUAGAUCCCCCACCUUUAGUGGUUUACAGGGAUUCGGAUCCAGGCCUGUUUCUAGUCCCGAAUUAAGACCUGGGCCACCACAUUAAAGAAACAAAUUGGGCAUGUUUGGGGAAUAUUGAUCAUUAGGGCUACUGAAAAGUGCCUGGUUUUGUAUAGGAUUUUACUUCAGCAAAGUGUAUGUUUUCCUUCACGAAGGCCAAGGAUUUGGCAACAAUUUCAGUCUUAGUAGCAGGUACACCGUGGAUGGGUUUCACCCCAGAGAAGGACACCAGGCUGACAUAAAGAACAGGAGUAUUUGUGGCACCUUAGAGACUAACAAAUUUAUUUCAGCAUAAGCUUUUGUGGGCUAUAGCUCACUUCUUCGGAUGCAUAGAAUAGAACACACAGAGAAAAGAUAUUUAUACAUACAGAGAACAUGAAAAGGUGGAAGUACGCAUACCAACUGGAAGAGUCCAAUCAAUUGAGAUGAGCUAUCGUCAGCAGGAGAAAAAAAAACCUUUGAAGUGAUAUAGGCUGACAUAGGCCUUGAUAAAACUGCUUUUAUAAAGCAGCUCCCUUGUUCAGUGGAAUUGAUCGUGGUCCCAAAGGAUGCUAUGAUUAAACCGGAAACAAUUAUCCUUUACCAUUUGGAUCUAACGUUUCAUGAGGCUUAGAGAGAAGCGGUGCCUUUGGCAUAAAGGAACUGGGUUUGGCAUAAUUCGCAGCCAUCUUGCGCACUUAGAAAGAAGCAAGACCACCACGUAGGAAGAAGUGGCCUUGCUUAGGCAGACAGAACAACACCAGCUGCAAGCUGCAGUUUUACCAAGUAAAAAUAAUCAAGUGAAAGGACAAAUUCAUAAGAAGGGGGGAAACGUAAAAAGCUGACCUUGAAUCUGGGUGUCUGUGCUGGUACGUUCUUUUGCUAAAGCUGCUUUGCUCUUAAGGAGACUAAUGCUAGAAAAACUGAUAGCCUGGUAGGGGCUAUGAUAAGUUAUGUGUUUUGUCAAAAGAAAAUCUAUACAAAGUUUAGUUAGAAAAUGUGCACUGAAGCAGUCCAAGGUGCUUUUCUUUGGGCAAGGACAUGGCACUAAAGUGCUCAGCAACUGGACAGAAGGAGGGGCCAUGGAAGGAUGGUUGUGGAUUCCUCAAAAGCAUUUCAGAUAUAAAUGUUUUGACUGCUCUAACAGCUACUGCUACAGCACAUAUAUGUGUGUGUGCUUCAAACCGAAUAAAGGCACUUUUAAAUAAAA